CMCUSGCAGGYAUCGAGAUGUACUGGACUGGGUCCGAGCCGCCAGCAGCAAUAGCACAAUCAAUAUCCACUACAUACUGUAUGRCUUGGAGCCGAUACCAAAUAUCCUCCAUUACAACGUUGAUUUGAACCAUUGAUUCGGSAGAGAGCGAUCGGAACAGAAAUCGAACAUUUACAAAUGGUUUGCCGGAUGGCAAGCRCUUCCACCAAAGCGCUCGUGGUUGCCGGUGCUGUUUCUCUGCUUGCWGCGAACAGCAACGGUGGCAUCGACGGUGGCAUCCAGCACCCGAGCUACCACGCUUCGGGUGGCCUCCUGGCGGAUGCCUUUCGGCCAGCCGCACAACCAAAGGCCCGCCACCACCCCGAGAGAAGAAGGUUGACGCAGCGGAGCAUGUGCAUCUGCGUCGAUUGCAAGUGGGUGACCUCCUGCAAGGCCUACCACUUUGUAGAAACGAAGCACCAGCAGCCACACAUGACCGAUGCCCCGGACUUUUUGCCACGGGAGGGAUCUCCGACGAUCAACGUGAACAUCCGGACCGAGCCGAAACGGAGGGAAAGCGAUGACGGCGACGGCGACGCCGUGGCGCGCAUGUGGAAGGACCAGGAGCGAAUGCCGCAACCGCAGGACCGAGACGAACCUGCUGGUGGUGGUGGCACACAAAACAGCGGUUCCGUUCCGGGGGUUGCCUCCGGGGGGACGGCGAUCGAAYCUGUCAAGACGAACACGACCACGACCAUCGAAUACGACGUCGUCAAAUGCGCCGAUUUUGUUCUGGACGAGGGGUGCUGGGUUCGGAAUAUGCCAGACGAAAUACGGAGGGUGAACCCCAACUUUGUGCCAACCUAGGUSUAGUCGUGAACGCAAGAGUCACCCGYAUGGGAUCGAUCACUGCCAAAAACGAACAAACAUAUAGAUCAAGC